AUGCAGCUGCUGCUGCUGGCCCUGCUCUGUUGGAGGGAGGAGGCCGAGGGCCAGAGGGACCCCUGGACAAAUAACAAGGGUUACCAGCUGCAAGUGUGGGAGUCAGUGAUGGUGCAGGAGGGUCUGUGUGUGCAGGUGCCCUGCUCCUUCUCCUACCCCAAGGAUGGCUGGAAUGACUCUACUCCUGCUCAAGCUCAUGGAUACUGGUUCCGGGAAGGGGAAAAUCCACAGCAGGUUGCUCCUGUGGCCACAAACAACCCAGAUCAUAAAGUGCAGGAGGAGACCCAGGGCCGAUUCUACCUCCUGGGAGACCCCCGGACCAAUGACUGCUCUCUGGACAUCAGAGACACCAGGAGGAGAGCCAAUGGUUCAUACUUUUUUUGGGUGGAGAGAGGAAGAACAAAAUGGAAUUAUAAAUCUAACUUUUUCUCUGUGCAUGUUACGGCCCUGACCCACAUACCCCUCAUCCUUAUCCCGGGGACCCUGGAGUCUGGCAACCACAGGAACAUGAACUUCUCUGUGCCCUGGGCCUGUGAGUGGGGCACGCCCCCCAUUUUCUCCUGGACAUCACAUGCCCUCACCUCCCUGGGCCCCAGGACCCACCUCUCCUCAGUGCUCACCCUCACCCCAUGGCUCCAGGACCAUGGCAUCAACCUCACCUGUCAGGUGACCUUUCCUGGGGCUGGAGUGUCCACAAUGAGAACCAUCCACCUCAACAUGUCCUACUCUCCACAGAACUUGACUGUAACUCUCAUUCAAGGAAACAGCACAGCACCCAGAGUCCUGGAUGAUGGCUCAUCUCUUUCAGUCCUGGACAGCCAGUCCUUGCUCCUGGUCUGUGCUCUUGACAGCAACCCACCUGCCAGGCUCAGCUGGGCCUGGGGGAGACUGACCCUCAGCCCCUCAGAGCUCUCGAACCCUGGGGUGCUGGAGCUGCCUCGAGUACACGUCGGAGAUGAAGGAGAAUUCACCUGCCAAGCUCAGAACCCUCUGGGCUCCCAGCGCCUCUCUCUGAGCCUGGCCCUGCAGAGUGAGUGCCUGUUAUGA